CGCUUCCCAGCCUCUCGCCGCCUCGCUUAAGCAUCCAAACUGGAAGGGAGACGUCUGCACGGACCACCCGCCGCCGCCGGAUCACAACAUCGAGCGCGCUCCCCAUAAGAAGCGCGUCCCCCGCCGCUGCUCGACUUCUCUUCUUUAUCUCGAUACUCCACCCGCCAUCAACCCAUUUCAAUCAACCACCAGCUUUACGCAUUCUCACCACUUUUUCUCACCUCAACUUCCACCUCCAUCUCCAAAAAUGCCUCCCAAAGCCCAGAAGACUCCUACCACUGGUGGCAAGGCCCCAGCUGGCAAAGCUCCCGCCGAGAAGAAGGAGGCUGGCAAGAAGACCGCCGCUCCCUCUGGCGAGAAGAAGAAGCGCACCAAGACCAGGAAGGAGACCUACUCUUCUUACAUCUACAAGGUCCUCAAGCAGGUCCACCCUGACACCGGUAUCUCCAACCGUGCCAUGAGCAUCCUCAACUCUUUCGUCAACGAUAUCUUCGAGCGUGUCGCUACUGAGGCCUCCAAGCUCGCCGCCUACAACAAGAAGUCCACCAUCUCGUCACGCGAGAUCCAGACCUCUGUCCGCCUUAUCCUUCCCGGUGAACUCGCCAAGCACGCCGUCUCUGAGGGUACCAAGGCCGUUACCAAGUACUCUUCUUCCGCCACGAAAUAA